AUGGAUUUCUGGUCACGACUGCUAGCACACACCCCGCUGUCUACGAACAGCCCGAGGCGAGACCAAGCCAGUGACCCCAUCCGGCGACUUCAUCGAUUCGAGAAGGAAUAUGGGCAGAUGCUGCAAAUAUGGAGGAAUACUCCCAACUUAUCUCGAGAUGACGAGGCCGCAGAGGCCAUAGAGCUCCGCCUACAGCAGCUCACCAACAUCCUUGCCGACGAGACGCGACGCCCGCUCCCGCAUCCGUGUAUAUCUUUUGCCGCCUCCAAGCAGAUCUAUGUGCCCAUCGCCAAGAUCGCUACCACCUCAUACAGCGAAUGGAUCGUAAGGGAAGCCGUGCAGUUCUUCGCCACACUGAUCGAGAGCGAGGAGGAGGCCUUUUACGAGAGCGAUGCUUUUGCUACGAGCUUGACCAAUCUCUUGGUCCGCAUCACCGGUCCAAACAGUGUUCCGCUUGCUUCAGAUACAGAAAUAAGAAUUGUGGAGCUGGCCUUCAACAUUACCACCAAGAUACGAUUAGACCCGGAUACAGUGCUGCCUGCUUGGUUCAAGUCACAGUUACCAGAGCGGUCACAGCGGCAGCAAGGAACGGCAGAGGACAGCCACGAGAAGUUUGCGGGGAGAACUCAGAAGCAAGACUUUCCACUCUUUUACCUCUUGGUUGACUACAUCCACGUCGAAGGCAAGGUGGGAGACUUUGCGCGGACUGGAUUGCUUUACAUCAUAGAAUCGGCCUCGAGCUCCGUUGCGCUGGAGCAAUGGAUUGUAGAGAGCGACCUUUCAACCCUUAUGGCCACGGGACUGGGCGCGCUGUAUAGCCAGCUGAGCCGUAAGCUAGUCGUGGACCACCCAGCAGAUUGCUUGCCCCCAAUCCUUGCGCUCUCCGACUAUCAGCAUCCGAGGUCAACUUAUGAGAUUGUCAGCUCUUGCUCGUCAGAGUUUCAAGCCCAUCUCGAUACAUUUCUAUCACACCUGCUCUUCUGGCAGGAUGUCCUCAACCACUGCAGAUCGGUCGAGGUCAAAAGCACACUUUUGGAGCAUUUUCAGGUCAUUUUUCUUCAGCAGUUAUUAUACCCUUCCCUUCUCGAGUCAUCGGAUCUAGAUGGCGGCUCGUCUGUCGCCGUGCUCACCUACCUUCGCCGUAUUCUCGAAUCUUUAGAUCACCCCGACAUGAUUAAUCUAAUCCUCCACUAUCUCCUGGCUCUUCCCGAUGCCUUGGGUACGAGCAAGGUGGCCUCCGAACCUGGCACCGUCAGCGCAGCGCGCAAGCGCAAGUCCAUGGAUCUGGCUACCAUGCUGGCCGCGCAGGUCGAGGAAGCAGCCGACCCGCUUCUAUACAAUCUGGUCGAUUUGAUGCUUGCCUGUCUGCGAUCACACAGCCACCAGACGAUCCACGUGACAUUACAGUUGGUAUCUGCCAUCCUCCGCCGUCACCAUCGCUAUGCAACGGCAACGCUGCUGCGCACUGAACCCGUCUUCUCUACAACACCGCAAAGAACGGUGGGUGCGCACAAGCAGGAAGUCGAUUUCUUCAUGUCUCUUGCUGGAGGCAUCGGAGGACAGGACAACUUUGACGCAGUCUACGAAGAUGUUUUGCGCGAUACGGUCAUCAGGCUUGAGAGCCAUCCCUGUUCACUGAAGCUUGUUGCGCCAAAAACGUCGACAAAUAACCACGACCUACCUGCGAUCCCUUCAGAUAGUUUGCCUGGAGCACCACAGGAUGUGCAAAAGCACACCAUUCGACCAGACGACCCGUUAUUAAACGGAAUUCUAGAUUUGUUGGAGACUUUCUUCAUUAACCCCGUCGAAACCAAUCUCUCAGCCACGGAUGUUUUGUUUGAUCUUGCGGUCUGCGGAUUUACAUGUGCCGAAGGAUGGUUACUGCGGCAUCCAGACGCCUACAAGUACGACCAGAACGAUGACGACGACUUGGAGGUAAUGCAGGACGGCGACAAGCCGCCUCUUGAUCCCGAAUCGGCCGAAUUUGCAGAGAAGGAGCGCCAAAGAAGCAUGCGCCAUUGUCGUCGCCGCCCAAAGUGGAGCCCUAACAGCCUGCCCCGGCUCAUGUCAACUCUACAAAUGCUAGCAGACCAGGUGGAGGCCUACCGGGAGAGCAUUCCUCGAUUUGAUGAGCUCUUACAACAACGCCGCGAGGCAUUCCAGACGGCUGAUGCAUCAGGCGCUUCUGUACCGCAACAACCCACAGUCCUGAAUCGGUCCAACAGCGGUGCGAAGACACCCAUGACGCCACGGCCUUCCCAACAACGUGCCAGCAGCGCAGAGAGGCCUUCUGCUCUAGAAGGCUUCGCGCAGCGCAUCAUGGCGGAGCUGGGCAGCCCCAGCAGUAGGAGUGCAAGCCCCAGGGGGCGCAAAGAAAGUAUUAUGCGGGGUCUGACAGGGUCGCCAACCCCGGACUCACAGCAAGAGAGACACCAGCAGCAGAAUGGCGGAAUGUCAGGCGGGUACGGCGCGGCCACGCCUACGAGCAGACAAGUAUGCGUGGUGCCGCCAAGGGAGUUUCCAGUGAAUUAUGAAGGCGUGGGUACGCCGAGGAGCGGUGCAUACCAGGCAAACACGCCUGCGUUCUCCGCGACGACUGACCCUGCCGUCGCCAGCCAGAUUGAGGCUUUCCGGGCUGUGGAUCAGCAAAUUUUAGCGAGGAGAGUCACACUAGCAAUCGUUCCCGGCAAAGGCAGAACCGGCGGGGUCGCCCCUAUCCCACUGGAUUUCGGGGCGAAGGCUGGCGCGCCACCACCGCAAGGGGUAGUGCCUGGUGAAGAGAAUGAUGAGGAUGAGGAGCGCCAGUUGGAGCAUGGACAACGGAACAUGGCGCCUUCGCCGGAUUCGGACGGCGCCUCUGAAUCGAGACGACAAGAGGAGGAUGAAGCGGACGCAGAAGAGGCCACUAGGGUUGCGGAAGAGGAAGCUGCCAAGACAGUAUCGGUGUCACACGUACUCACCAACGUGCUGGUAUUGCAGGCUUUCCUGUUUGAGUUGUCCAGUCUGGUGCAGGUGAGGGCAGGACUUUUCGACGAGGUGAAGUUCGUCUGA